UUCCUUUCCCAUUUCCUGCAUAUAUGUUCUCACCUUAUGACUUAGUCUCAGGAGGGGAGGUUGGGAAUUUCUCAAUAGGUAGCGGUAGCCAUCUGUUGCUUUCCACAGGGGACCAUUCUUUAAUCUUUUAUUCUAAUCUUGGAGAGUAAAUGUCAGACAGACAGCAUGUUGAAAUAUGGGUCACAUCCACUUAUGUUCAAUUUGCUGAAUAUCUGCGAGGAGCCGAAAGUGUACUUUUCUUCAAAUAUCCUUUCCAUCUGUAGGAGAACCAUAACGUAUUUGGUAUCAAAGUACGUCUAACAGCUGCGAAAAUUGAAGCGAGAUUUCACCAAGAGAAAGAAGUUGCCCGUAGCUCUUCGGUUGCAAUGGAAGAUAUUCUAACUCCUAACGGACAGAAGUAGUUACUCCGCACCAGUUGGGUUCUCUGCAUUGUGGUCGGAUCCAAGACUCCCGGUUGUUGGAAUUUCUAGCCGCUCACAUUAAUCCCAGGUUCUGUGGAGUGUAUCAAAAUACUCCGAACUGUUUGACCCUUUGAAGGUGUUCAUUCAAGAGUCGCGCGAAAAAAACCCAACAACUUUUAUUUGAAUCUCCCUGGUUUUGUGGCGUCGAGCUAAUAUUUCCAAGAUGCCGAUCCUGAAGCAGCUUGUGGCCAGCUCCAGUCAGUCCAAGCGCCGAUCCCGGGUGGACCUGACGGCGGAUAUGAUCAGCGCCCCCCUGGGCGACUUCCGGCACACCAUGCACGUGGGCCGCGGGGGCGACGUCUUUGGGGACACCUCGUUCCUCUCCACCAGGUUCGGAGACGCCUCCGUCGAACCUCAACCCAAACCGAGCCUGCUCUCUCGGAAAUUCAGGAGCAGCAGCAAGCGAUCUCAGUCCGUGACCCGGGUGGACAAGCGAGACACCCUGAGCGUGUCCGACGAUUCGGAUGCCUUUGUGAAAAACGCAGUGUCUCUGCCUCAGCUCAACGAUCAGUCCGUGGAGCCGAGUAGUCAAUUGCCAAAGAGUCUUUCGUCAAGUCCCGUGAGGAAGCUUGCUGGCGACAAGAUGGAAGAAAAGCCCUUGAACGGGGCUACGAGUAUGGCUGACAGAUCCGCAGACUAUCAAGAAGAAAGGGACUUUGGAGACCUCACAGAUCUCCCUCCAUCUCGCUCGAGUGGUGGCUUUCCACUAAAGCACGCCGAGUCCAUCAUGUCCUUUCAUGUUGACCUUGGCCCUUCCAUGCUCAAUGAUAUUCUAAGUGUUAUGGAGAAAGAUGCUUGGGAGAAUGACUCUGACCUUGGUUUUGGUGACGAGAGGCCAGAUGACUAUGCUGAUUCACAUAAGAAGGCCCCCGAGAAGCAAUUUGCUGAGGGAUCGUCAGUUUCGCCAUUGGUUUUGCAGCACAGCGUCAAAAGCGCUACUUACAGCCCGGGCUCUGGUAGCCACUUAUCCCAGGGCACUGGCUCCGUGUCAAGUUUGGCCUCUGGCACUACGGAGGAAAGGCAGUCAGUUUACGAGGGAGUUUCUCAUGGAGACGGAGAUAGCAUUAAAUACACUGAUUCUGUCAAAGAGGAAGAGGACGAAGGCGGGAAGGAUUUCGCCUUCAUGGACGAGGAGGAUGAAAUCCGAGUGUAGGCUUCACCUGCGCGCAAGAUGAUUGACUCGCUCUUUUCAAAGGAUUGCUAGUUAGAGCGUGAGAUGAACUUGGCUCUUCUGGAAUUUUACCGUAUCAGUUCCGAUCGGUGUUAGGUACUGCGGGACUUGACUUAAAACAUUCAACACCACAGCUCGGAGCCAGUGCGAUCACGAGGACUUUAGCGAUUGGUCAAAAAUGUAUUGUGUCAUGAAGGUUGUAACCAAAAUUCUCGGUUCCACGCGGACCAACAGCAAACGCAGCUGUUUACCUGAGUCGCUGCUAUUUUUUUUUCAGUCAGCCAAGGUUACCCCUCCUUUCCCCCCCCGCUCCACCCUCCCCAAUUCAUAUUCUUGCAUGACAUGAGUACUGUUUCUUUGCAGUACCUUUUUUUUUAUAAAAAUAAGCGAUGUCACCCAUCCCGCGAUCUGACUGAACCUUUAGGUCAAAAGGGCUGAUUUGUGUCAGAUAGUUCAUCCAUGAGCUUGUCCUGGUAUCUGUUCCAACACUCUCUCUGCCUUAUGUGUAUCAAUCAGGGUUCAAAGCUGCUGCGCUCUGAAUUGGUCCCUUACCCCCCACCACCUCCUACUGUACAUUAUUUAAUCGUUAAACUCAACGCAGGCUUUCUCUAUUUGCGCCUGAUCUACUUUUGUGCAGCCCAAUUGCAGCCAGGUUGAUUAGAGAGAAUUCUUGCACAGCUUUUAAAAUACACAGUAGCUUCUGUCAGAUCACUACUUAAAACUAAAUGUUCUGAAAUGGCCUUGGGCCACACCGUGUCUCCAUUCUCAAAUUUCUUAAAAUAAAUGGGUUAAAAUAUCA